AUGGAGUCACUCCUGCAUGCGUCUUCGUCGCUGGUAUCUCUCAGGCCCAGAACAGACGGCCGAGAUUCGUUCAUCAACCCGCCGCGCGUGUGUCUCAGUCCUAGUUUCGGCCGCAGAGGAUCUAAGUAUCUUCCUUUGGUCGCGGCGGCGAAGAAGAAGAAAAGCAAGAAAGAUGACAAUCACAGCUUUUCCGCUAGACCUGACGAGGCCACUGGUCCAUUUCCUGAAUCCAUCAUUCUUAAAGAGGAGCUAUAUGAGUUUCUGGAUCUCCAGCUUCAGAGUGACUUGAAUGAAGAAAGGAUGAGGCACUAUGAAGUCGUUUACUUGAUUCAUGAAAAACAUGCUGAGGAGGUCCAAAGCAUCAAUGAGAAAGUGCAAGAAUUCAUGAAGGAGAAGAAGGGGAAAGUUUGGAGGUUUAGUGACUGGGGAAUGCGUAGACUGGCAUAUAAAAUACAGAAAGCUGAGAAUGCACACUAUAUACUGAUGAACUUUGAGAUGGAAGCCAAAUACCUAAACGAAUUCAAGGGAUUGUUAGAUGCUGAUGAAAGGGUGAUUAGGCAUCUCGUGAUGAAACGUGAUGAGGCCAUUACAGAGGACUGCCCUCCACCUCCCGAGUUUCACUCUGUUCGGGCAAGUAUGAACGACGAUGACUUCAGUGAUGAGGAAGAUGAAGACGACGAGGAAGAUGGUGAUAAUAUAGAGUAUGAAGUAGAUGAUGAUGGUAAUGUUGUUAUGGUGCUGUAUGAAGAUGAAGAAGAAGCUGAAGAAGAAGGACAAGACCAAGCAAAUAACGCCACAAGAGAAAACCGGAGAACAGUUAACGUAGGAGGUUAA